AAAUAAAAAUCAUCUCUUUGUCCUCCACUUUCCCUCUGUGCUUAUUUUAAUAUAUCUCCAUGUGUAUUAUUGAGUGUGCUUACUAUUUUAAGGUUUUUGUGGGGCACUUCAAAUUUUGGCCCUUGAGAGCAUCAACAAGUUCUUGAACUUGAGGAAGCAAGCAAUUUGUGUAAUGGGGAUUUGAGGGUGAGCUUUCCCAUUAUGGUAUCAGGGCCCACCUGGGGUUUCCAUAUUUAAGUGCUUCUUCAAGCUGUUGCUAUCAUCUUCAGUUCUUCACCUCCAUCUUCACUUCUCAGCAAAGCAUUUAACUGAAUCUAGGUAAGUAUGUCAUCUUCACGACCUGCAAACUCUUCCAGCAACGCGGGAAGAGCGAACCAAAAUUCAAGGGUCGUACUGACCACAAUAGAUGCAAAGAUCCAUGCCGAUUUUGAAGAGUCGGGUUCUUCUUUUGACUACUCGAGCUCGGUGCGAGUUACCAGUGCCGUUGGUGAAAAUUUAUCAAUUCAGUCUAACAAGUUAACUAACACUUACCUCCAUCACAUCCAAAAAGGAAAGCUUAUCCAGCCCGUUGGCUGUUUGUUAGCAGUAGAUGAAAAAUCUUUCAAGAUUAUGGCGUACAGUGAAAAUGCUCCUGAAAUGCUGACGAUGGUUACUCAUGCUGUUCCAAGUGUCGGCGAACAUUCAGUUCUUGGCAUUGGAACUGACGUGAGGACAAUCUUUACAGCCCCUAGUGCAGCUGCCUUGCAGAAAGCGGUAGGAUUUGCUGAUAUCAAUUUGUUGAAUCCGAUAUUAGUUCACUGUAAAUCUUCUGGGAAACCAUAUUAUGCAAUUGCUCACAGAGUCACAGGCAGUUUGAUCAUUGACUUUGAGCCUGUUAAGCCUUACGAAGUCCCUAUGACUGCAGCAGGGGCCCUACAAUCAUAUAAGCUAGCAAGCAAAGCAGUUAAUCGGUUGCAGGCUUUACCUGGUGGGAGCAUGGAAAGACUCUGCGAUACGAUGGUGCAGGAAGUUUUUGAACUCACAGGUUAUGACAGGGUAAUGGCCUAUAAAUUUCACGACGAUGAUCAUGGGGAGGUGAUAGCUGAGGUUACAAAGCCAGACAUGGAGCCGUAUUUGGGUUUGCAUUAUCCAGCUACCGAUGUCCCCCAGGCUGCACGAUUUUUAUUCCUGAAGAACAAGGUUCGUAUGAUCUGUGAUUGCCGUGCAAAACAUGUGCCAGUGCUGCAAGAUGAAAAGCUUCCCUUUGAACUGACCUUGUGUGGGUCAACCCUUAGGGCUCCACAUAGUUGCCAUCUACAAUAUAUGGAAAACAUGAAUUCUAUUGCUUCACUAGUAAUGGCAGUUGUAAUCAAUGAUUCUGAGGAAAUGGUUGAAAGCUCUGAUCGAAAUAGUGUGAAGAGUAAGAAACUUUGGGGCUUAGUGGUGUGCCAUAACACAAGUCCAAGGUUUGUACCUUUUCCUCUUAGGUAUGCUUGUGAGUUUCUUGCUCAAGUUUUUGCUAUUCACGUCAGUAAAGAGUUAGAAUUGGAAAAUCAGAUAGUGGAGAAGAAUAUCCUGCGCACUCAGACUCUGUUGUGUGAUUUGCUGAUGCGAGAUGCUCCUCUUGGAAUUAUAUCACAGACUCCAAACAUGAUGGAUCUUGUGAAAUGUGAAGGUGCUGCCCUAUUAUAUAAAAAUAAGGUUUAUAGAUUGGGUGCUACACCAAGCGACUACCAGCUUCGGGAUAUUGUUUCAUGGCUCACUGAAUACCAUACGGAUUCCACGGGUUUGAGUACAGAUAGCCUGUAUGAUGCUGGGUUCCCUGGAGCUCUUGCUCUAGGGGAUGUAGUAUGUGGAAUGGCAGUUGUGAAGAUAACUUCCCAGGACAUGCUUUUCUGGUUCAGGUCUCAUGCUGCUUGUCAUAUCCGAUGGGGUGGUGCCAAGCACGAGCCUGAGGAGAAGGAUGAUGGCAGAAAGAUGCACCCAAGGUCAUCCUUUAAAGCUUUUCUGGAGGUUGUGAAGACAAGAAGUGCAACUUGGAAGGACUUUGAGAUGGAUGCAAUCCAUUCUCUGCAGCUUAUCUUGCGGAAAGCACUCAGUGAUGAAAAAGCAGUGGUUCCAAAAGGCGAUGAUUUCCGUUCAAACACUGAUGUUAUUCAUACAAAGCUCAAUGACCUAAAUAUUGAUGGCAUACAGGAACUAGAAGCAGUUACAAGUGAGAUGGUCAGGCUGAUUGAAACAGCCACAGUACCAAUAUUUGCAGUUGAUGCAGAUAAAAUAGUAAAUGGGUGGAAUACAAAAAUUGCUGAAUUGACCGGUCUUCCUGUGGAUAAAGCCAUGGGAAAGCAUUUAAUAACCCUCGUGGAAGAUUCUUCAGUUGAUACAGUGGAAAAAAUGCUGGCAUUUGCACUGCAGGGGAAAGAAGAGCAAGGUAUUCAAUUUGAAUUCAAAACUCACGGAUCUAGGGAUGGCUCAGUUCCAAUUACUCUAGUUGUUAAUGCUUGUGCGAGUAGAGGUAUCCAUGACAAUGUUGUUGGUGUAUGUUUUGUGGCCCAAGAUGUUACCAGUCAGAAGACCAUCAUGGAUAAAUUUACACGAAUUCAAGGAGAUUAUAAAGCUAUAGUGCAAAAUCCAAACCCAUUGAUUCCCCCAAUAUUUGGUACAGAUGAAUUUGGUUGGUGCUCUGAGUGGAAUCAAGCUAUGACAGAGUUGUCUGGAUGGCAUAGAGAGGAUGUUAUGAAUAAAAUGCUUCUUGGGGAAAUCUUUGGAAUCCAAGCGUCAUGUUGUCAUUUGAAAAAUAGGGAGGCAUUUAUAAAUCUUGGGGUUGUACUAAACAAUGCUUUGACAGGUCAGACGUCUGAAAAGAUUCCUUUCAGCUUCUUUUCACGGGACGGGAAAUAUGUGGAGUGCCUGCUCUGUGCAAGCAAAAAGUUAGAUGCAGAGGGUACAGUUACUGGGAUCUUUUGCUUUUUGCAGUUAGCAAGCCAAGAGCUUCAGCAAGCACUUCAUAUACAGCGCUUAACAGAACAGACGGCUGUGAAGAGACUGAAAACAUUAGCUUAUCUGAGAAGGCAAGCUAAAAAUCCUCUCUGUGGUAUUAAUUUUAUUCGGGAGAAGUUGGAAGAGACUGGCUUGGGAGAAGAGCAAACGGGACUUCUGCGGACGAGUGUCCAUUGCCAGCGUCAACUCAACAGAAUACUUGAUGACACGGAUCUUGAUAGCAUCAUUGACGGAUAUCUGGACCUGGAAAUGUCAGAGUUCAGGCUUCAUGAUGUCUACGUUGCAUCUAGGAGUCAAGUCUUGAUGAGGAGCAGUGGAAAGGCUAUUCAAGUAGUUGAUAAUUUCUCUGAAGAGAUGAUGUCUGAAACUUUGUAUGGAGAUGGUCUCAGGCUUCAGCAAGUCCUUGCUGAUUUCAUGUCGAUUUGUGUGAACCUUACUCCAGUUGGUGGUCAUCUUGGCAUUUCAGUUACUCUAACGAAGGAUAAUCUGGGGAAAUCUGUUCAACUUGUGCAUUUGGAAAUCAGGAUAACACAUGCUGGAGCCGGGGUACCAGAAGACUUGUUGAGCCAGAUGUUUGGAGGUAAUUCUGAAACAUCCGAGGAGGGCAUAAGUCUGCUGAUUAGCAGAAAAUUAGUGAAGCUCAUGAAUGGAGAUGUUCAUUAUUUGAGGGAGGCCGGGAAGUCCACUUUCAUAAUUACUGUCGAACUUGCUGCAGCAAGUAAGCACGAAUCUUAAAAGUUGUUAUUUGAGAAAUGACUUAUGUUCAAAUCCCAACUACAAAUGAGUUAUGUACCACUACUCUAUGUUGUACUUUGUUUUGUAUCUUUUACUCGAAGCCAUUGAUAGUUUUGUGUAUAUGCUGAAUAAUUGGUAGAUUGACAUGCAGAACUUUAUUUGAUCGACCGUCUCCAAGAACGUCGUCAUAUAGUUACAUUUUGUCGAAUAAUUCAAAUCUUCCGAGCCAGCUGAUUAAGAACUUGGCUGGCAUUGUGUUUUGAGUUC